AUGUUAUCAGUACUGAUAUUCCCAAUAGAACGUUCGGAUGUCGGAUUUUCUGGAUUUGAGAAUCAUACUGGUAAACUUACACGAGGGGUAGGACUUGGCGGUGUUAUUGGAUCACUCGAUUCGUUAUCUGGAUUUGGGGACGAUCUAUCCGACCCGUUUUCCCGUUUUCCGCUCAUUAACUACUUUAUCUACUUGAUCCGAGAAAAUGAUCACAGAGGAUUCCGGGAUCGGCUGAUGUUCGCUAUUGUCGAGGAAACACACAUCGCUCACGCAUCGGCAGCGUACACAUAUCACAAUAUCCGAGAAAAUGAUCACAGAAGAUUCCGGGAUCGGCUGAUGUUCGCUAUUGUCGAGGAAACACACAUCGCUCACGCAUCGGCAGCGUACACAUAUCACAAUAUCCGAGAAAAUGAUCACAGAGGAUUCCGGGAUCGGCUGAUGUUCGUUAUUGUUGAGGAAACACACAUCGCUCACUCAUCGGCACCGUAAACAUAUCAUAAU